UAUUGGAAAGACUCAAAGUCCUUGGCACUAAAAUCCCAAGGAAGAAAGAUGAAUUAUAAUGCUCUACAAGCAGCUGAAGACUCAUACCAAAGUGAAUGGGAAAAUCAAAGUGAAGACCCAGAUGAUGAAGAGUUGUCUUUUAUCUCAAGCAAAAUCCAUCACAUAGGGAACAACAGAAAAAAUCCUUUACCAAAAGAGAUUUUAGAUAGUCCCAAAAUAGGAAAGAAUGAAGUGAAAAACUAGAAAAAAGAAGCUCAUAUGAUAUGAAUGCAAGGAACCAUUUCAUUUCAAAUAAGAAAGGGAUAUCCUAGAGGAAAAACUUCAGAUGACUCUGAUGAAUCAUCUGAUGAAGAUGAUGAACAUGCAAAGAUGACUCUAAUGGAAGAUACUCACUCUGGUUCUGACUCUAACUCUGAUUCUACUAAUGAAGAAAUUAAGAUAUCCUUAGCAAAAAAGUUGAAACACCAAUCAUGGUACCUGGAUAGUGGACACUCACGACACAUGACAGAAGAAAAGUCAAUGUUCCAAGACCUGACCCUCAAGAACGGAGGAUUUGGAGGUGAUCAAAAAGGUAAGAUCAUUGGACAUGACAUAAUAGGUAAUGGUUCUCUUUCCUCGAUUAAGAAUGUUUUAUUAGUAAAAGGACUAAUGCAUAAUCUACAUAACAUAAGUCAAUUGAGCGACAUUGGUUAUGAUGUAGUCUUCUUAUUUGUGCAUACCCUUAAAGCGGAGGUUAAAGGUAAGCAUUAUGUAUUCGUUGACUCUGGUCUAGAUGGAGUUGGGUACAUGUUUUAUGAUUCUAUUGUGAAGAAACUUGUCAAAAGUUGUGAUGCCAAAUUUUUAGAAGACUAA